AUGUCGGGAUUCGCAUUCGGUAGUACUGGAAGUGCCGGUGGAGGCGCAUUUGGUGGUGGAAGUUCUAGUAAUACCCCUAACAGCUCUGGACCUGGGCUGUUUGGAGGUGCGCAAGCUACAUCUGGGGCCACUCCAUCAUCUCUGUUUGGCGGUGGUGGAUCUGCAGCAGCAAGUUCUUUCGGAGAUCCAAAACCAGCUGGAGGACAGACACCAAUGUUUGGAGGGGCAGCAGCAUCGAAUGGAGGAGCUGCUAAGCCAGCUGCUGGAGGUGUCUUUGGCCAGAGCACAGGGAAUGCCCCAAAUGCAGCGUCUGCUUUCAGUUUUGGUGGAAAGCCUGCUGCCAGCACCACGCCCACAACUUCAGGGGGAGGUGGACUGUUUGGUGGAGCAGGUGCAGCGACUUCUACAGGCGGCGGAGGUGGAGGCUUUAGCUUUGGAGGACCUAAGGCCGAAGGUGCUUCAACGCCAACAGAGAAUAAAGCUGCAACUCCUACGGGGGGUAUGUUUGGAGCAUUGAACAAACCUGCAUCGGGAGGCAUCUUUGGAGGAGCAGCUUCGAACAUCCCAAGUUUAGGAUCGACAACUCCAGCACCAAGCAAACCUUUCAGUUUUGCAUCCACAACCCCAGCAGGGCCACCACCUCCGAACAUUGUACCGGCUGCGAGUACAGGAAACUUGUUUGGCGGCGGUGCUCAACCACAAUCGACUGGAGGUAUAUUUGGAACACCUGCAGCCGCAUCACUACCUUCGCAAACACCCGCUGGUCUAUUCUCUGGUGGUACUCCCGCGGCCGCACCUCCUAGUAGCAAUUUGUUUGGUGGUGCCGGUGCUGCAAAGGCUCCUGCGCUUGGCGGCAACCUGUUUGGCGGGAAUAAACCUGCUGCUUCGGCUGUUCCUCCUGCCAGCUCGACACCCGCAGCGACUACAGAAGCCACCAAGCCAGCCCCAUCUUUUAGCUUCCCCUCUGCCACUCCCGCAGCAAGAACUCCUGGAAUACCAUCUUCUACUACCCCUGCACCAGCAGCUCCCACUACCAGCAAUUUGUUUGGAAAGCCUAACGCAACCACAUCUACACCCGCCCCAUCUGCCCAGGGGCAAACACCAUCUCUUUUCGGAAACGCCGCUUCGAAUGGUGCCGCAACCACUUCCACUCCUGCACCGGCUACAACGUCAACUUUGUUUGGCACAGCUAAACCACCGGCUCCAGGUUCUUCUGACCCAGCUACCACAAGCACUCCUGCCCCUGCUUCAUCAACCGCAAAUUUGGAUCAACGAGGCGGUGCAACUACUGGCUCUGGGGCAACAGGAUCCACAACAAAUCUAGGAGCCUCGACAGCUGGUCCAAGACCGGAGUUAUCUCGUUUAAAGAACAAAACUAUGGAUGAAAUCAUUACUCGAUGGGCAUCUGAUUUGUCAAAAUACCAAAAAGAAUUCCAAGAACAAGCAAACAAGGUAGCUCAGUGGGAUCGUCUUUUGGUUGAGAAUGGAGACAAGAUUCAGAAGCUAUACAACACUACCUUUGAGGCAGAACGAUCAAGCGCGGAAGUCGAACGACAAUUAGCAACAGUGGAGGGUCAGCAGGCCGAACUCGAACAAUGGCUUGAUCGUUAUGAGCAAGAAGUUGAAGACAUGUUCAGGGGCUCCGCCGUCGAAACUUUACAAGGUCCGGAUCAGGAACGUGAAAGAACCUACAAGAUGGCUGAGAAAUUGGCGGAUAAACUUGAUGAGAUGGGUAAAGAUCUUUCAACUAUGAUCGAAGCUAUGAAUGAAGCAUCUGCUACUUUGAACAAGAGCACUAAGUCAGAUGAUCCGCUCUCCCAUAUCGUUCGAGUUCUCAAUUCACAUCUUAUGCAACUACAAUGGAUUGAUCAAAAUUCCAAAACACUACAAGAUAAAGUGGAGGCGGCGCAUAAACUAGGACAAAGUAUGAGUGCAAAUGGUCUUGGUGGGGCGGAAGGUGAUGCUGCGGAUCACUUUUAUAGAUCUUUUAUGGGCAGGAGAUGA